CGUCACGGCUUGUGUAGGGGAGUAUAGGCUGUGUUGUCAGCCUGGUGUCAGUCUGAUGAAGAUUGGCAUUCAGACUGUGUGGAGGGCAGUGCGCCGGCGGACAGACUCCAACAUCAGAUGCGCUGAUGCUGAGAACAAGCAAACUAGUCUCCAUGUGAAGCUAUCCCAUGAUGCAACAUGUGUCCCCAGCACCAGCAUUGACCAUGAUGGCCACACAGAGCGUACCUCCACCAUCAUACCAGGAGAGCCAACAGAUGACAGGCACUACUCAGCAAAACUCAAAGGGCCAGCAUGUGCACCUCUCUGCAGCGUCAGCAGGAGGAGCCGCUCCGGUCAGCGUGACUCUUGACCCUCAAGCCCAACUGGAGUCUGACAAACGAGCCGUUUACAGGCAUCCUCUUUUUCCUCUUCUGGCGUUGCUGUUUGAGAAGUGUGAACAAGCCACGCAGGGCUCAGAAUGCAUCACAUCCGCCAGCUUCGACGUCGACAUCGAAAACUUUGUCCACCAGCAAGAGCAGGAUCACAAGCCUUUCUUCAGCGAGGAUCCUGAACUAGAUAACCUGAUGGUAAAGGCCAUCCAGGUGUUGCGGAUCCACCUGCUGGAGCUGGAGAAGGUGAACGAGCUCUGUAAAGACUUCUGCAACCGAUACAUCACCUGCCUCAAGACCAAGAUGCACAGUGACAAUCUGCUCCGAAAUGACCUGGGCGGCCCGUAUUCUCCAUCCCAGACCAGCCUCGGCCUGCAGCAGGACCUGCUUCAAAGCUCAUCCCCAUCGCUCACCUCCGUCUCCAGCACAGUGAACCCCUCUGGGAUCGUGGUCCCAGCCGGUCCCCUGCAGCAGAACAACAUCUCCAUGACCACUAUCAACUCUCAGGUGGUCUCAGGUGGGACGCUGUAUCAGCCGGUGGCAAUGGUUACCUCACAGGGGCAGGUGUUAACACAGGGGUUACCACAGGGAACCAUCCAGAUCCAAAACAAUCAGGUGAAUCUGGACUUGUCCUCACUCUUGGACGGCGAUGACAAGAAAUCAAAAAACAAAAGAGGCGUCCUUCCCAAACAUGCCACAAACAUUAUGCGUUCCUGGCUCUUCCAGCAUCUCAUGCACCCUUAUCCUACAGAAGAUGAAAAAAGACAGAUUGCAGCGCAAACAAACCUUACCUUAUUACAGGUGAACAACUGGUUUAUCAAUGCCCGCAGGCGUAUUCUGCAGCCCAUGCUGGAUGCCAGUAAUCCUGACCCUGCUCCCAAAGCCAAGAAGAUGAAAUCUCAGCACAGACCCACACAGCGCUUCUGGCCCGACUCCAUUGUAGCUGGAGUCCUGCAGACACACGGCACAAACAACUCAGACAAUUCUCUUGGCAUGGACGGCCUGCAGCCUCUGUCCUCAGACUCGGCCACGCUGGCCAUGCAGCAGGCCAUGCUGGGGGGAACCGACGACUCCAUGGACGGCACAGAGGAGGAGGACGAGGAGGAGGAGGAAGACGAGGGACUCGACGAGGACGACGACGAAGAGGACGAUGAAGAACACGAGGCGGGCAGACAGAUGAUCAGGCGAGAUCUGGGCCUCAAUCACAAUGAAGGACUCGAAUCUGCCAGCAUGUCUAUCGCCAACACGGCCGCCCAAGCGAUGCUUUCUGAUGCCCUGCUGAAGGAUAGUAAUGGGGACAAUCGCAUCCGACACCUGGAGCUGGAUUUACCAUUGGAUAAAGUCAUCAAGUUCAUUUCUGUGGGCCUGCCGCUCCUUCUGGUGUCCAUGGCCUUUGCCAGGGAGAUUUCUAUAGGCCCACAGAUUAGCUGCUUUCCUCCCAAUAACUUCACUGUGAAGCAGGCAGCGUAUGUGGACACGUACUGCUGGGACUCGCUCAUGCACCACGAGUUUGACACCGAUGGAAAUGUUGAGGAACGCUCACUGUGGGUUCAUAAAAUGUUUCCAUACUCCUUAUUGGUGAUGGCCAUGAUGAUGUAUCUCCCGGCUCUGAUCUGGCGCUAUCUGGCAGUCCCCAGCCUGACCUCUGACCUGUUUUUCAUCAUCGACGAGCUGGACAAGUCAUACAACCGCUCUGUCCGGCUGGCCCAAAACAUCCUGGACCUGAAAGAGCAUUCAGCAAGCGCUCUGCAGUUCCAGACUGAGCUCGAGAGAGCCAAACGCAAGCGAUACUUUGAGUACCCCCUGCUGGAGAGAUACAUGCAGUGCAAACAUGGCUCCUACUUCCUGGUCAGCAUGCUGUUCCUGCGAGGGUUCCUGCUCCUGACGUUCAUGUCCGCCUCGUGCCUGUACCUCAUCUACUUUCACCUCUCCUCUUUCCUACAAGACGAAUUCAGCUGCUUCGUGCGCACCGGCCUCCUCCGCGACCAGCCAUGGGUCCCAGAGCUAGUUCAGUGUAAAAUGACCGGUCUACUUGUGUUUCAGGUCAUUAGUGUGGCCAACGGAGCCGUCUAUGUGCUGCUAGCUCCUAUUGUCCUCUUCAGCCUGCUGCGAUUGUUCUGCUGGGACACCACCUUUCUAUCCCUGUAUGAAGUGCUUCCUGGCCUGGGGCUGAUCAGUGGUCAGAAAUUAGGCUGCCCACUUAAUGACCUCAAUGUUUUGCUCCUGUUUUUACGCGCCAAUGUAGCACAGCUGCAGUCGUACAGCCGUCUGAGGGCCAUCUGCUCCCUUGCCCCUCCUCGACUGAAGGGCGCUAAAGGCGUCUUGACGGAGGAACAAGCAGAGGAGAUGCUUGAGACCGCAGAGGAGCUGGAGGAGGAGAUCCGGGAGGCCAGAGAGGAGGGAAAGCUCAAUCUGGUGGACAUCAUGACUGUCCUAGGAGCAGCUCGAGGAAACGCAGUCAACUGCCCAGAGCAGCGCCCUCUUGUGGAGCCCGACAUGACGCUCGAGCCAAAUCAGCAGGGGUACCAUGAGUUGAAGGAGACCACAACAUGCUGUUAUGCCUAAAGCAGCAGCAGCCAGUGGACUGAAGCAGCUCUGUCAGACUCUAGAGAACAGCUAAACCGAUAAGGUGAAAUCAAGACAAAGACAGUCACUAGAACUCCUUAAUCAUAGUCCAGACUCAUAAUAAAAUGUCUGGAUUUAAAACAAUCCCUAUGGCUCUCGUACACAAAUCACCUCAGGGAUAAAAACCCAAAGUCUGUAUUGACAAUUAAAAAACCCUCCCUAUAUAUAUAUCCUACCAUACUUAAACAUGAGGACUUUUCUUUAUUUAUUCUUUUUCAUUCUUAUUAUCUGAUGUAUGGAUUCCCGAAUUUCUUCAAUAACUGGAUUCUUUACUUGAUCUUUUGUUCUGUUUUGUAAACGCUAAAAUAAAAUGAGUUUUUAUUUGUG